AGCUGCAGCUCUGACUACCACAACCAUCAACUUGUCCAGCGAAUGCGGAACCGCUUGUGCCUCCUCGGAGCAGCCACGGCGGCGGCGCUCGACGCCUCGAUGCCCGCCCGGCUGCGCGCGGUGCUCCAAAAGCCCCAGAUCAGCGUCAUGCCCUGCUGCUACGACGGCGUCACGGCGCGACUGGUCGAGCGCGCGGGCUUCGAGCUCACGUUCAUGACCGGCUUCGGCGUGGCCGCGGCGCGCGGCUACGCGGACGCGGGACUCCUGAGCUUCGGCGAGAUGCAGGACUCGGCGCGCAUGAUCGCCUCGGCCCUCAAAGCGAUCCCCUUCUUCGCCGACGGCGACACGGGCUACGGCAACGCCGUGAACUGCAAGCGCACGGUGCGCGGCUACGCGCAGGUCGGCGCCGCGGGCGUGAUGAUCGAGGACCAGGUCUCGCCGAAGCGCUGCGGCCACACGGGCGUCAAGGCCGUCGUGCCGCGGGACGAGGCCGUCGCGCGCGUGCGGGCCGCCUGCGACGCGCGCGACGAGCACGGCGGCGGGCUCGUGGUCAUCGCGCGGACGGACGCGAACGCCUGCCUGGGCUUCGACGAGGCCCUGGACCGGUGCCGGCGGUUCCGGGAGGUCGGCGCGGACGUCACGUUCCUCGAGGCGCCCACGUCGGUCGCGCAGAUGGAGACGUACUGCCGGGAGGUGGACGGCUGGAAGCUGGCGAACAUGCUCGAGGGGGGCCUGACGCCGGUGCUGCCGCCGGCGGACCUCGAGGCCAUGGGCUACACGAUCGCCGCCUACCCCCUCACGCUCCUGUCGGCCAGCACGAGGACGUCCCUGGAGGCGCUCGCGCGGCUCGACCGGGGCGCGUCGACCGAGGACCUCCUCCUCCCGUUCGGGGAGCUCUGCGACGUCGUCGGCUUCACGGAAUACAACGCCGAGGCGGCGCGGUACGCGGCCGAGACCUAAGUCUAGCCAUGUGA